AUGACAAUGAUCGGCGACUAUGCGAAAUCAGAUACUGGAGAUGAAGCACUGCAGGAUCUGGCAAGCGAUGUCUUCGCAACUGCGUUGCUGAAGGCGCCGAUUAAAAAUCCAGAAGCGAGUAUUAAUGAGCUGUAUGCUUAUAGCACAACGCCUACUCUCAGCAACACAACUAGCCAUAAGACUGGGUACACGAAGAUACUCGAUCCAGAUACCAACGAACCCUACACAUUCUAUCCGCUUGACUGGUACGAAAAUGGGAAAUCAUAUCCCACCAGGCCAGAUCCUCACGACUGGCUAGAUGGCUACUACGAUGACGACCUUUGGUGGGCCUUAGCCUGGAUCAAUGCAUACGACGUCACGUCUGACCCCGCGUAUCUCACCCUCGCGGAAGGCAUAUUUAUCGCUGUAUCGCGCAGCUGGGGUACAUAUUGCUCCCAUGGCGGCAUCUAUUGGAAUUGGGAAAAGGACUACGUUAACGCGAUUGCCAAUGAGCUCUUCUUCAACACAGCUGCGCAUCUGGCUAAUCGCGUCAAUCACGAUGAAAAGAAGACAUUGUAUCUGUAUUGGGCUGAGAGAAGUCUGAGCUGGUUCCUUGGAAGUGGUAUGAUCAAUGAGCUUGGUACUAUCAACGAUGGAUUGACGGAAGAUUGCGAGAACAACAACAAGACCGUUUGGUCGUACAACCAAGGUGUUAUCUUGGGAGGUCUUGUCGAACUUUACCAAGCUUCGACUUCACCCAGUUUCGCAUGCCUGGUUCUCGCAUCGGAAAUCGCGAAUGCGGCGCUUGUCGCGCUUUCGGACAAAAAUGGUGUUAUACACGACGAAUGCGAACCGAAGUGUGGUGGUGAUGGCGCUCAAUUCAAGGGCAUUUUCAUGCGCAAUCUCGUCAAGCUUCAUACUGUGGCGCCUGAUAAAGCAUUUUCAGACGCUAUUCGCGUCAAUGCGGCGUCUAUUUGGGAACGGGAUAGAGCGGUGACGGUUGACGGCUUACCUGUAUUCAGCGUAAACUGGGCCGGGCCAUGGGUUACUCCAGCGAAUGCAAGCACGCAUAGCUCGGCAAUGGAUGCACUUGUCGCUGAUAUAGUCAUCGAUUGA